AUGUCCGCCUCUUUUUUCUUCCCCUUUCUACUUCCAGCGGGUACUCAUCCUUCUCAGCUACACCGCCGAUUUCAAGUUGCAGUCUGACCACCUACAGCGCCGGUCCACCUCCGCCGUCGCCGUCGCCGCCUCCCUUCUCGUCGCCUCCAUCUUCGCUGGAAGUUGCUAGUGAUGGAAGAUAUCCACCAAUAAAACAGGUCCAUCAAUGUUUUGGAAGCAAGAUUGCAAGAAGCCCAAUGAUCCAAAAACAAAUUCAAAACGAGCCCUCUUCAAAGAGAUUGUUGAUGAAGAAACAUAUGCACACAUUCAGAUGCCUAACCAAAGCAUAAAAGCGAUCAAAAUGGGGAUAAAGAAAAACCGGAUGAGUGAAUUUCAAAAGCUAGCUGAUUUGCAAGAAAGCAUGACUAAUUUAGGAAAGAGUGGACUGGUGUAUAUUCCACCAUUUAAGUUGGCUCGUAUGAUGAGUGAAUUUCAAGAUAAAAGCAGUAUGGAAUAUCAAAGAAUGACAUGGGAUGCAUUAAGAAAGAGUAUAAAUGGUUUGGUCAACAAGGUCAACGCCACAAACAUCAAAAACAUCAUCCCAGAGUUGUUUGCUGAAAAUCUGAUAAGAGGAAGAGGACUGUUUUGUCGAUCAUGCAUGAAGUCCCAAAUGGCAUCUCCUGGUUUUACAGAUGUUUUUGCAGCUCUGGUUGCUGUUGUAAACACCAAACUCCCUGAAGUUGGAGACCUUCUGCUCAGAAGGAUUAUCUUGCAGCUUCAAAGGGCAUAUAAGAGAAAUGACAAGCCUCAAUUACUUGCUGCAGUCAAGUUUAUAGCUCAUUUGGUCAACCAACAAGUAGUUCAUGAGCUUAUUGCUCUUGAACUACUCACAACUCUAUUGGAGAAUCCCACUGAUGACAGUGUGGAGGUUGCUGUUGGUUUUGUUACAGAAUGUGGAUCAAUUCUUCAGGAUCUAUCUCCCCGAGGUUUGCAUGGUAUCUUUGAGCGAUUUCGUGGGAUUCUUCAUGAGGGAGAGAUAGACAAAAGGGUGCAGUUCUUGAUUGAAGGUCUAUUUGCAUUAAGAAAAGCCAAGUUUCAGGGGCAUCCAGCUGUAAGUCCAGAGUUGGAUCUUGUUGAGCUGGAAGAUCAGUUGACACAUGAAGUAUCUCUUCUAGAUAAAAUCGAUCCAGAGAUUGCCCUAGAUAUUUUCAAGAUGGAUCCUGAUUUCAUUGAAAAUGAAAACAAGUAUGAAGACCUGAAGAAAACAAUUCUUGGCGACGAAUCUGAAGAAGAAGAAGAAGAAGAAGAAGAAGAAGAAGAAGAAGAAAAAGAAGAAGGUGGUGGGGAGGAUGAUGAUGAAGAUGAAGAUGAAUCUUCAGAAGAAGAAGAAGAUGAAGAGCAAAUGAGAAUUAGGGAUGAAACAGAAACAAAUCUUGUCAAUCUUCGAAGAACAAUCUACUUAACAAUCAUGUCAAGUGUUGACUUUGAAGAAGCCGGUCAUAAACUCCUCAAAAUCAAACUCGAACCCGGACAGGAGAUGGAGCUAUGCAUAAUGCUACUGGAAUGCUGCAGUCAAGAGAGAACAUAAUGGGAUGUUUGAGAGAUCAAUUUUCAGAAAAAGCUUAAAAGACCAUGGAAAAUUUGUUGAGGUUUAUACAUGGAUCAACACAACUCACAACUUGGUGACAUGUUGAAACUAUAGUUUCUGCUGCAAUCCAUAGACAACAUUUAUGCAAUCAAUAAAUAUGGGAACAUGCAAUGUAAAAAUUAUAAGUUGUAUCAUGUCAUUUAAUUUGUGUUAUUUGUAUUAACUAAUUAUGUUGUAGCAAGUUUACUAAAAGUGCAUUGGUAUUUUAGAUUUUUUCUUAAUUAUUCAGGAAUUUUAGCCUA